CAAUUACAUUCUUCCUCUUUAGUGUCUCAAAUCAUACUAGUUCAAUAACUUGGCGUUUAAGAAUCUAGUCUGAUAUUUAACUGAAAAAAACUGUCAAUGACUUUUGAUUUGUGUUUCCUAAUAGUCAUAUACCCAGUAGACCGUUGCCGUAUUUUGUUAAAUAAUUUUUUAUUUUAUUUUCCUGAGAGUAAUAAAUAGUCACGCAUUGUCUUAUGAUAUUUAGCCGGCGAUUUUUUAGUAAAUGGACUCACCUCAUAUAAAUCCAGUAGAUUACAUGCAUUCACUAUCGCUAUGGCGUGAAGGUCAACAUGCAUCAUCGAUGCGUUUAGCUGUAACUAUGUCUGUACGAUUAAUUUCCUAUGUGUUAACAUCUUUGUGAAUUAGUUGGUUAAUCGAUGAAACGGUAUUUAAAAAAAGCUCGAGUUCUGUGCAUCUUUUUCUUUCUCGUUAUUCUAUUUGGAGUAUGUUGGGUGGUAAAUAACGGUAAUCAAUCUAUUGUACAAUAUCGGGCUGAUAUUAUUAACCUCUCCCGAAAGUAUGUCAAAGCUUUGGCCGAAACUCAGAAUGUGGGUUUUGAUGAUCCUUACAGCGCAGAGUUGACGGGAUAUGGUAUGUACUUUACUGUCAAGUCAGUAAAUUGUUCUUUUAUUAAUUUAAUCGUUAAUCCAAUAAAUUCAUGUUCGUAAUACAUUUAAUAGGUUUUCAUAUUAGAAUCAUCAUUAUUUGACAUAUAUCAUCACCAAAUCAUGAUAAUAUCUGAUGUGUAUGUAAUAGUAUUCCGUGGAUUUAAGUUUCCCAUAUAUAAAAACUUCCUUGUAAAAUUUUCGGAUACUAUUCACACUAUCAUUCUUUCUUCCACCUGUUAAGAGAUGAUAAACCUUGUAUGUUAUAGAAAAUUUGCGUCAUCAAUACGGUAGAGAAAUCGAUAACUCUCUUCUAGUAUUCCUUUCAAAGUGAAAGAGUAUUACCAAACCGCUGCCAUCAGUCAGAACACUUUGAAUCUACUGUACGUUCAGUGUAAAUUCGUUAUCUGAAUCCUAGGUAUUUUAUUUUUCUCAAUAAUUUUAUGAGCUGUGUGUCGGAUUCUUUCCAAAGGGAAACAGUUACUUAGAAUUAACAUUACAGAUCAUGGAAGAAGACUUAAAGAAAACAUUGGCCGUUAUUCUAGACGACGUGCUACGUCGUAUUGACCAGAUAGAAUCAAAACUCUCUAAUUUAACGAACUCAUCUCCUGAAGUAACUAGACAUUAUUCCGAAUCUAUAAACUCGGCACCAUUUGUACCUCAUACUGCUCGAGGUUUGAAAAUGAAUAAUAAUGAGAAAUCAAACUACAAAAAGAUUAACUAUUUGGAUCUUCUACAAGAUGCACAAGAAAACUGUGUUGUUCAAGCUAGAGAAAUACCACUAUACCCGGAAUGUUUUUCAAAGAUUGAAUGGUUGCGAACCCGUUGGGGAACUCAUUCAUGUUAUGUUGAAUUAGGAAUCGAUGGAUCAGAAUGUUCACUUAUCCGGUAUCUUAGUGAUGUUGAAAGUUUCUGUCCACGAUUGGAUAGCAGAAAAUUUCUGAAACGUCAUAGUGAAGCUCAGAUAACUCGAGAUCUUAAUGGUUUGCUUAGCAUAUUAUCCUUAGCUAAAAAUCAUUUAUUAUCGAAAUCGUUUAUGACUACACGGCUAAAACGUAUGUGGCCUGAUUGGUUAGCAGGAAUUCAACAUUAUAUAAAUGGAGUUAAUUUUUCAAAAGCUGAUUAUUCAUCACUGAAUCAGUGUAAAUUUUGUUCGCCUGAUGAUAUAGCUUGUGCAAAUAUUUGUCAGUCUACCAAACUAAUAGGUCAGCCGUUUUUAUUUGGAAGACCGAAGCUCAAUAUUCUACUUCACAUGGGAUUUUUGUCGAAUGAUUUUUAUAAGAAUUCUUUUGAAUCAUAUAUCUCUAAAGGUGGCCCCCUUGGUGAACUUGUUCAGUGGACUGAUCUCAUAGGUGCCCUCUAUAUUCUUGGACACAACAUAACAAUUACUUUUGAAGCUGCUGAAGCAAAAUUAAAAUUGUUACAUCCCUACUCAAAUUCCAUACCUUGUCAGGUAGAAAAUAAUAAAUACGAUUUAAUAUACACGGAUAUUAUAGGAUUUAGACAUUUGAAAGGAAUGAAUAUCCGGACUCCAUUAUGUAAAUUUCGUAUAUUGGAUACAUUUGGAACAGAAGCUCUUUAUAAUCGUAAAAAAGAACUUUGGAGUGGAUUACAUUUGAAUUUACAGCAAUUCUAUACAUUUUUCCCUCAUUCACCGGAUAAUACAUUUCUGGGUUUUGUUGCUGAAAUACUCCCACCCAAAUCUAAAUUCUCUCAUCAAUCAUCAUCUAAACCUGUUGCUCUUGUCUACGGAAAAGAGGCUUACAUGUGGUCUAAUAAAACAAAUUAUUUGAGAAUUUUAUCUGAUUACUUUGAAUUACAUGGGAAUGUGAUGGAUAACGUUGAUAAGUUGCCAAAAUUUGUGCAUAUACAUCAAAUGCAAUAUGGUCAACCAUAUUUAGAGUUAAUGUCGAAAGCUCAAAUAUUAAUUGGAUUGGGAUUUCCUUACGAAGGUCCUGCGCCUUUAGAAGCAAUCGCUAAUGGUCUUAUUUUUCUUAAUCCUCAUUUUGAUCCGCCUCACGGUAGAAGCAAUCAAGCAUUUUUUGCUUAUAAACCUACUUCACGUUCUCUUACCAGCCAACAUCCGUACAUAGAAAAUCAUAUCGGUGAGCCUUACUCAUAUUUGGUUGAUAUGGACAAUGAAACGCAGAUACGCUUAACUAUCAAACGUAUUCUGACCAACAUUUCUAACGGAACCUAUCGUCCUCACGAAUAUAGUCCGUGGGGUUUUCUCGAACGCCUUAAUGCUUAUUUGACACGCCAAAAUAUCUGCGCCGCACCUUUUUACAAAAACUUGAUCCAGUCUCCAUUGCCGAUAGCAAAAGCUGAUGCGCCUCCUAAAUUUAACUACCUAGAUCUCCCUAGCACUACUGUUUCAUGGCCUCCAGCAUCAAGUUUAAAGAUAGUUUUGGGAUCUCGUGGUAAAUCUUGUGCAGAUGUGUGUAUGAAUCUGGGAACUUCAGAACAUACUUUAUUACUCCCUUCCGAUAUUUCUGCUUACUCUAUUCGCAACAAAACACAACAUCCCCAAAUACAGAAUGGCUACCUUUACUAUCGUUCUAUUUACACUACGCCUCCGCAAAACUUGUCUUAUCUUUAUACAUUUCGCUGUUCUCCAGAACACUUUCCAGUGUUAAUCAUCGACUAA